GUUUUAGGAAAAAGUAUUCAGAUCAGUUCUCGCAUACUUGGCCGUAACAUGUCUACUGCUGAAAGUGCCGUUAUCCCACUUGUCGAUUACAAAUAUCAUAAACUCGACACAGGCCCUGCGAUGAAUGCUACAAUAACACGUGAACAAGCCCUUAAUUAUUUAAAGUUGAUGCACACCAUACGAAGAUUGGAGACAACGGCAGGUAAUUUAUACAAGGAAAAGGUUAUUCGUGGCUUCUGUCACCUUUACUCUGGCCAGGAGGCGGUUGCUGCUGGAAUCGAAGCGGCUCUCCAACCCGGGGAUGCACUUAUCACAUCCUACCGUUGUCAUGGCUUUGCUUACAGUCGUGGAAACACACCACACUCUAUCCUGGCUGAGUUAUGUGGGAAAACUUCUGGGGUAUCCAAGGCACGAGGGGGUAGCAUGCAUAUUUUUGGAAAAGAUUUUUAUGGUGGAAACGGAAUCGUUGGAGCACAAGUCCCACUCGGCACUGGCAUAUCCUUGGCAUACAAACAUAUGAACAAGCCCAACGUUGUGAUCACUCUUUACGGUGAUGGUGCUGCCAACCAAGGCCAAGUGUUCGAGUCCUUCAAUUUGGCGAAGGUCUUAAAUCUUCCUGUAAUUUACUUAUGCGAAAAUAAUCAAUAUGGUAUGGGAACCUCAGCCAAGCGAUCAAGCGCCAGCACUUUGUACUAUACCCGGGGUGAUUUUAUCCCGGGAUUGUGGGUAAGCUUAAUA